CGCGUUUUCCAAACAAUAUCUAAAGUACAAAGAUGGAUGAUGAUUUCACCUCCUAUUCGGACCUUGUGAGAUCACCGACUCAGAGCUCUCCACAGGGAUCAUCUCGUCGAACUAGUGGUAUACAUAGAGGAAUUUCAUCUCAAGGCUCAACUGGGAGUCCUGGGGCAUUGAGGAGCCCUUCCAAGCAGGAGAUUAUUGAAAAACAAAAGAAUAAAGUCCGAUUAAUGAAACAACGUGAUGAGUUUCUAUCCCAAAGGGAAGGCAUUUUGCGGGAGAUCAACAGCCACAAACGAAACAAUCGGAAACUUAGAGAGGACAAAGAAAAGCUUAGAGCUGAAAGAAUGCUAGAAACCUUGAUCCAACAGAACAACG